AUUCAUCUCCCCAAUCACUUAUCCAAUGGCGGAGUGUUUCAGCCACCAUGUGGUGGCGAUACCGUACCCUGGCAGAGGCCACAUUAACUCUAUGAUGAACCUAUGCAAGCUCAUUGCUCUACGCAGACCUUCAGACGUGUUAAUCACGGUUGUUGUCACCGAAGAAUGGCUCGGGUUCAUCGAAAGCGAACCUAAACCGCCUAACAUUAGGUUCGCCACCAUCCCCAAUGUUAUCCCGUCGGAGAAGAACCGAGCGGCUGACUUACCAGGAUUUAUAAAAGCCGCACAAACGAAAAUGGAAGAUCCCGCGGAGCAGUUGCUCCGCGGGAUGAAAGUACCAAUAAGUGUACUAUUAUAUGAUUGUUUCCUAUAUUGGGUAUUAAAUGUCGGCGAAAGGUUGAAUAUUCGUGUGGCGAGUUUGAGCACGAUUUCGGCUACGGUGUUCUCCAUGUUUUAUCAUUACCAUCUUCUCGUCGAAAACGGGCACGUUGGUGAUAAAUUCUCCGGCGAGAUCGUAGAUUACAUACCCGGAGUUCCUCAUAUUCGCGUGGCGGAUCUUGUAACUUCCUUCAAUGGAUUGAAGGGAAAGGAAUUAACACAACUAGUUAUGAAAGCCAUUUUGAUGUGUGCAAAAGCUCAGUUUCUUAUUUUUGCAUCGGUUUACGAGCUCGAAGCGCAAGUCAUCGAUGCCUUCAGGUCGGAUCUUUCCAUGCCCGUUUAUGCUAUCGGCCCCACAAUUCCUUGCUACAAUUUGAAUGACGUAGAAAAUGACGAAAAUACCCCUGACUACGUCAGAUGGUUAGACCUUCAACCCGAGGGUUCAGUGUUGUACAUUUCACAAGGAAGUUUUCUCUCGGUGACAAAUGCGCAACUGGAUGAAAUUGUGGCGGGUGUGCACGAUAGUGGAGUGCGAUACAUGUGGAUUGCACGUGAGGAAACAUCGCGCUUUAAGCAAGAAAAUGACGAAAAAGGGCUCGUCCGCCCCUGGUGUGAUCAAUUGAGAGUGUUGCGCCAUGGUUCGAUAGGGGCAUUUUGGACACAUUGUGGUUGGAAUUCAACGAAAGAAAGUGCUUUUUGCGGAAAGCCUAUGAUCACAUUUCCGAUAUUUGUGGAUCAAGUUCCGAAUAGUAAGAUGGUAGUUGACGAUUGGAAAAUUGGAAGGAGGGUGACGAUCGAUGAGGGUGUUUUGGUCACUCGAGAAGAAAUUUCGAAGCUCAUAAGUAGUGUUAUGGAUCUGGAAAGCGAAACGGGGAAAGAGAUGAGAAAACGAGCAAAAGAAGUCGAAAAGAUUUGUCGACAAGCAACAGGAGAAGGAGGUUCUGCUCAAAUAGACCUCGACUCUUUCAUACGCGAUAUUUCAAUAGAGCCUUAGUAUAAAUGUUGAAAUGAGUUAAGCUCAAUGCUUUAAAAACCGGUUCAAACCGGCCAGUAAGCUGAACUCAAGUUAAAAUAAAUACACUCUAGUUGUGUUUG